AUGGCUCUUCCCUCAGAAUGCGACGUGCUCGUCAUUGGCGGCGGGAAUGCCGGCUUCUGCGCAGCCAUUUCGGCAGUCCAGUCCGGCGCAAAACACGUUGCUAUCAUCGAUAAAUGUCCGGAGGAAUGGGCAGGAGGUAACUCUUACUUCACAGCGGGGGCAAUGCGCACCGUCCACGGCGGAUUGCCGGAUCUGCUUCCCAUCGUGAAUAAUGUCGAUGCGGAGACGGCGAAGAAGAUUGAUAUGAAGCCGUAUACCGUGGAGGACUUCACCGGCGACAUGAACCGUGUUACGGGGCGGCGCACCAACCGCGAGCUCUGCCAGACACUCGUCAAUGAGUCAAACUCGGCGAUCAAGUGGCUGGCUAGUAAUGGCGUGCGCUUCCAGCUCUCUUUCAAUCGACAGGCGUAUGAAGUCAACGGCCGCCUCAAGUUCUGGGGUGGUCUUGCGCUGAAGACUCAAGAUGGCGGCAAGGGUCUCAUUCAGGAUCACCUGCAAGCAGCCCGGAAACUGGGCAUUAAGGUGGUCUUCUCGACCGCUGCUCAGAAACUAGUAACGGAUCCGGUCUCUGGAGCCGUGACGUCCGUCGUGGUUUCGCAUCACGGCCGCGAGCAGACUGUUAAGGCUGGGGCCGUGAUUCUCGCGGCCGGAGGCUUCGAAGGGAACCCGCGCAUGCGCGCGCAGUACCUUGGACCACACUGGGACGUGGCGCUGGUACGCGGCACGCCCUAUAACUCUGGGGAUGGAUUCGAGAUGGCGAUCCGGGAUGUCUCAGCCAAGCAGGCGGGCAACUGGUCAGGAUGUCACUGCGUGGCGUGGGAUGCUAACGCACCGGCCGAUACGGGCGACCGGGAGAUCUCCAACGAGUUCACCAAGUCCGGGUAUCCGUUGGGCAUCAUGAUCAAUCGGCAGGGAAACCGGUUCGUGGACGAGGGGUCGGAUCUGCGCAACUAUACGUAUGCGAUGAUCGGACGCCAGAUUCUCAACCAGCCCGGCCACAUGGCGUUCCAGAUCUGGGACUCCAAGAUGAUCCCUUGGUUGCGGUCGGAGGAGUACCGGCCGGAGGUAGUGCAGCAUAUCAGCGCGGCCACGAUCAGUGAGCUGGCGGAGAAGUGUGCCGAGUUUGAUCUCGAGGAUAAGAAGCGCUUUGAGCAGACCAUCCAUGACUAUAAUAAGGCGGUUUAUGAGCGCCAGCGCAGGCAUCCGGGUGGGAAGUGGGAUCCGGCUGUCAAAGAUGGACUUACCACGCAGUCGGAGGGCUUGGAGCUGGCAGUUCCCAAGUCGAACUGGGCGCUUCCUAUUGAUCAAGGACCGUUCCUGGCUGUCCGGGUCACGGCGGGCAUCACUUUUACGUUUGGUGGACUGGCGGUUCGUCCGGAGACGGCGGCGGUGGUGUCGUCGACAACAAACCAAGAGGUGCCGGGGUUGUACUGCGCAGGGGAGAUGCUGGGAGGACUGUUUUAUGACAACUAUCCUGGAGGCAGUGGAUUGACGUCGGGGGCUGUCUUUGGACGACGAGCUGGUCGGGCUGCGGCGGCGAGGGUGUCGAGCCGGCAGGCACGGUUGUAG